AUGACUAGCCUGGCCUCUUUCGAGCUUCCCAAGUGGAUCGACCUGAACAAGAACAAUGCGUCUCUGGUAUUGGCUGGAAGCGCCACCCCAGCCUUGUCAAUCCAGGAUUUGAUUGAUCUCUCCUCUGACAGGCAAACAACUUCAUCCAAUCUGUCAUUCGGUUCUUUAAAACUGUCUCUUGGAUCGCCCCGCGGUGGUGAACCACUUCGGAAGCAGAUCGCUGAACUAUAUAACGAGCUUAUUACGGCAGACCACAUUUUCCCAGCCCAUGGAACAAGCGGUGCUAAUUCCCUGGUAUUCCAGAGCUUGCUGAGUCCCGGAGACCAUGUUAUCGCCAUGUACCCUUCGUAUACUCAGCUUAUAUCGCUCCCAAAAUCCUCGGGUGUGGACGUCUCAUACUGGACGCUUGAUCUUCAAAACCGAGCACAAGCGAACAUCCAGCAGCUGAAAGAUUUGAUCAGACCGACCACCAAAAUGAUUGUCCUCAACAAUCCCAACAACCCCCUUGGAACUAUCCUGGCCCGCGAAAUGCAGACUGAAAUCGUGGCGCUCGCUCGUUCGCACGGUUUAACCAUCCUCGUGGACGAGAUUUUCCGGCCCCUUUUCCACGACGGAACCGAAGCACCACCGUCGUUCGUCGAGCUGUCUAGUGACUAUGAAAAUAUCAUUGUAACCAGCUCUAUGAGCAAAGCUUGGGGUCUGUCUGGUACUCGUAUUGGAUGGCUAGCUACGCGGAAUGCCGCAGUUCUGACCAAGUGCUUUGACCGAGGACUCUACACCACCAUGGCGCUCAGUAGCAUCGAUGAGGGCAUUGCGGCAGAGGCUUUGAGUGAACGUUGCCGCCCCCAGAUACUGGCUAAGCAUUCAGAGCUGGUGCGGAAGAAUCUCGUUUUGCUGGACAACUUUAUCAGCCAGCAUCAGGACGUGUGCUCGUGGACUAGGCCGAAUGCGGGUGGGACAGCCUUCGUGCAUUUUGCCUCUGGUGGUGUGCCAGUCGACGAUGUGGACUUCUGUCGAAAGUUGAAGGAGAAGGCGGGCGUUUUGCUCGCUCCGGGGAGCCUUUGCUUUGCACUGGGUGGUGACCGUGACUUCCGCGGGUUCGUCCGGCUGCAUCUCACUGUGCAGCCCGAAAUUAUGGAGUCGGCCUUGGUAGCCAUAGACAACUUUUUAGGUGAUUACCUGAAAGGUCAGUUCAGUUGA